GCAGCACAUCCACUCCAACCAUCGAGGCAAACUCGUCUGGAAGCAUAACAGAGAAACCCCUUCGACUCACCUCUCAACAUGUGCAACUCGGUAGCAGUCUUCUUCAUGGCGGCCAUGUCCGUGGCGAUAGCAGCGCCAUCCCUGCUGGCGCCUGGAGCCGCGCUUGCUGGGCCCCACGUGGGCCCUGCGGCCCUUAGUGGCCCUAUCGCAGGACCCGCUGCGCUCGCUGGACCCGCCACUGGACCUGCUCGCCUCUCUGGAGCUGUUGAUGGAGGCGCUAUCGUGACUGGAGCCGUUGCCGGACCUUCUUUAGUCUCUGGUAGCGUAUCCGGAGGAGCUGCUAUCACUGGUCCAUGGGGUGCUGCUCCCUGGGCCGCUGCUCCUUGGGGCGCAGCUCAUUGGGGCGCUGCUGCUGCUCCAGCCUGGUCUCCUUGGGGCGCAGUGUUGGCUGGCCCAACGUCGCUCCCAGCAGCCCUUGCUGGCCCCGUUGCUGCACCAGCGAUCAUCGCUGGACCAUCUGGUAGCAUAUCAGCUGGACCAGCAGGAGUAGGAGGACUAGUCAGUGCUGGCCCACACUGGGCUUUUCUCGCAGCGAUCGCGUCGGUCUGCUCAGCAGCCCCUAGCGGACUUUUGGUUCCAGGCUUGGUAAGCCCAGUAAUAACUGGACUGGUAGCUGGACCGACAGUCGUUGCUGGUCCCGCAACUGGUGUCGUCAAAGUAGCUGGACCCGUUGCUGGACCAGCAGUAGUCACUGGACCUGUUGCUGGACCAUCAGUUGUCACUGGACCCGUUGCUGGACCAUCAGUGGUCACUGGUGCCGUAGCUGGACCUACUGUGGUCAGUCAACCUGGUGGUGCUGUUGUUGUCGGGGGAGGAGUCGUUUCUCCCGCAGUACUAGCUGCACCUGCAGGUGCAGUCGUUACCGGACCAGUAGCGACUGCGGUCGUCGCAGGACACGCUGGCUCGGCGGUCGUUGCAGGUCCAGCGACCUCUGCGGUCGUAGCUGGCCCAGUGGCGAAAACAACGGUCAUUGGCGCCUCUUCCUCAGCGAUUAUUGCUGGUUAAAGUGCUUGGCAAUCGAGUAGAAGCAAGUCUCAAUGUUGUAUGAUAUACCUCAUGCCCGCCUCAGGACUACAAUAACGACGUUUUACUUCCCUUCUAUUUGUAUUGCCAAUGUAUCCCGAAACAUGUAUCAUUUAAUUAUGUAACCGUGUGACUGUACCAAUAAACGAUAUUAUACCCUUAUAACAAA